GCGACAGUGUCGUUGCUAUUCCUCUUUGUCACGUUUCGGGACCGUUAUAUCGCAAAACGUAGAACACUUCGAGCAUUCGAGUUCUUUGACCAGUUAAUUUAAUCAAAAUUAAUUUUUAAGUCAUAAAAAAGAAUUUGAUUCGUCGACUAUUACAACUUUGCAAAGUCGUGUAAAAGCUAUCUUAAACACUGUGACUCACUAAAAUAAUUUUAUCGCAAUUUCGACAAAAAAAUAAUUAAAUUCAAAAUAAAAAUUCACCACAUUUUCUUUUCCUUUGUAAUAAAGUAAUCGUAUUGUAUAUAUUUUGGUUUUGUAUACAAGUAAUCGAGACAUACAAAUGUAAUUGUAUUAACUCUUCAAGGUGUUGAGGGGAGUAUGCAUAUUCAGUAUUGUAAUUUUGAUUCUGCCGGGUUGCAACGAAUAAUAACUUGAUAAUACUUAUUGCAUCUUCUGUGAGUAUGUUGGUCGGACAGUGUCAGAAAUAAGCAAAAUUUUAUUAUAAUAAUAGAUAAUAUAUAACAUGAUAAAAUAUAGUGAUUUAUCGGUGAUUUUUUAUUGAUUUGGUCAUCUUUCGGAAAAUUUUGUAGCUUGAUUUUAAAAAAACUAGUCCUUUCAAGUACAGGAAUUUCUUUAAUAAACAAACAUAAAUUUUGAAAUUGAUCAAGUGAAUUAGUUUCUUUAAUUUAAAUUCACUUUACCAAGAAUCAACAAUGAUUUCUGGUGAUUCGUUAUUUUUGUGAAUAAUGAAAGAUUGGGGAUCUAUAUAUCUUCAAUAAAAUAUUAUUGACGAUACGCAUAUGCAACACGAUAAAAUUCUAAUUCCUCCAACACGAAAUACAUUUAAUUCUAUUUUAAAAUUAAAAUUUCAAUUCCUAUUCAACUCUGAUUAUUUUAAUAAUAAAUUCUGUCUUCGCCCAUCUCUGGACGGUGUCGCGUUGCAUUCAAAGAGGCUCGAUGAAUUACAUCGAAUAAAAAGAGCAAAAGCCGCGGACGUAUGGAGAGAGAUCCAUAGUUCACGUUCCUCCGUAAUUAACAAUUUCGUGUCCCGGCACCACAGAUCCGUUUGAAUUUGUCGAAUGAUCUACAAUUAUGCGUACCGUCGCAUGGUGCUGAAUUAUUAAUGGUGUAUAGCCGUCAAAAAGUGUUCUCCCGCUCGAACAAAGAGAUGUAAUCGAUUAAAUCGGUAAAAAUGAAAAGCAACUGGAGUAGCCGAUCGCGCGAUUGCGGUCUCGGUCAAUUCGGCCGCAAACGAGGCGCGACCUAAUUGCAUAAAAUGUUGAAUCGCGAUGGGCGAGAGUUCGUGUUUUCUUAAGGGGAAGGAUGACGCUAAGAAAACUGUACGACUUUCGCGUCGCAGGGUUGGAAAAUGUUGAACGUCAACCACUCGACGAGAAAGGAAAGUUUCAUUCUUCUUUCUAACCGUUCCAUGAUUGAAACUUUAAUAGUUACGUAAUAUUUCUCCGGCUGUACUACGCGUGACGAGCAUUCGUGUCUAGCCUACCGCGGGGAAUAAGGCUCGUCGGAAUCUUCCUGUAGACGGAAGACGCCGUUGGAAGAUGCCUCGUUUGGAUUUAGAUUUCUUCAGCCAAGAAACCUUUAGAAUGAUCGACGACCGCGAUGCAAUCGUUUACGAAAUUCAUGACAACGAAAUCUUGGUCGAGAACGGAACUAUCCCUUACAAUAUAUCCUCGAACGAAGAUUACAUCUUCGACAGGACCAGUGUAAAGAUGAUCUUUAUUACACUCUACACGAUCGUCUUCAUCUCAUGCUUUUUCGGCAACCUGAUGGUGAUCUUUGUGGUGAGCUUCUCCCGACGACUGCGCAGUAUUACGAACUUCUUCCUGGCCAAUUUGGCGGUGGCCGAUUUCUGCGUCGGCAUCUUCUGCGUGUACCAAACCCUGACGAAUUAUUUAACCAACAGCUGGCAGCUCGGCGAUUUCUUUUGCAAGGUUUAUAUGUUCGUUCACGCGCUUUCCUAUACCGCCAGCGUAUUGAUCCUGGUGGUGGUCUGCGUCGAACGAUACUUGGCCAUCGUUCAUCCGAUCAAAUGCAGAUCGGUGCUGACGAGAAGUCGCCUGAGACUCGUCGUAGGUCUCGUAUGGUUGAUUGCCGCGAUUUACGCAUCCCCGAGGUUCCUCUACGUCGAGACCAUGAGAAAUCAUUUAAUCACGGGCGACGUAGACAUUAUAUGUCUAGCAAACAUCAAGAAACACAACAAGAACGUUCUAGACGCCGUGAACCUGGUCUUCCUUUACAUCGUUCCUCUCGUUUUGAUGUCUUGUCUCUACUCGAGGAUCGCCAUUGGAUUAUGGAGAAGUGGGGCCACUCUCAGAGGACCUGGUCUGACGACUGGGACCGGUAGCGUUAGAGUCCGUCAGGUCCCUAAUUCCAGCAGGAACAUCCUUCGUGCCAGACGUGGCGUCAUAAGAAUGUUGAUUGCCGUGGUGGCGAUGUUCGCCGUCUGCAACUUACCGCAACAAGUACGAAUCGCCUGGCGACGCUGGGGCUCGAAUUACGAUCGGACGUCGGACUUCAGCACUCUCCUCACUCUAUCGACGUUCUUGAUCUCUUACACGAAUUCGUGCCUGAAUCCCUUGCUAUACGCAUUUCUCUCCCGUAACUUUCAGAAGGGAAUGAGAGAACUUCUAGCCUGCAAAGGUUCCAGGGGUCGUGGCGUCAGUUUGGCGAUGGGCUGCACCGGAGGAGACACAGGGACGCGUCACGAGCAUGGUUUCAACGCUAAUCAUCCCCACAGUUCGUUGGUCCGAUCCAGCUCGGCUCAAGACAGUCCUCGCACUGCUCGACCCAUCGCCAGACCUGACCAGUUCACUCGCGUGAACGUUACCUGAUCUGAUCCAUUCGACAUAUCGACGAAAGUUCCGCGUCAUUUCGUACGCACCGCAUCCACCGAUAGACUUUUCUUAAAAAGACGACUGGCGGCAGAAUCAGUUUAGAAACCGAGAGUUCGACGUGCUUGGAACGUUCAACUAACCGUACGAAGGUGACGAAGAAAAGUUAUCAGUCCGUAUUCCACGGAGCACGAAACGAAAAUGUUCCUGCUUAUAAUUCCCGUCGACUCCUAAACAGAGUUGGGUUCAUGUUAUUCCGAAUAAAGUAUAACGAAUGAGUAGCAAAAAACGGUUUUACUGGACGAGAAACGAUUCGUUGUUCGCGAAUCAAUCAGUAGCGUUAUUCGAUCAAGAAUUCAUUCGUUAUUCGGAAGGUCUCGGCGACGAGUAAAGGUGACGAAUGGAACGCCUCUGUCGAGCAGUGUUCAAAUAUAAACAAUAUACGUUGUUGUGUAGAUUUAUUCUGAAAUUUAUUUCAGUUAAAAAUUAUUUAUUAUUUUCCAAUAACUUCCUUUUAUUUGAACAUUAUUCCAAGAAAAAUUUAUUCGAAAGUUUGCUCGAAAUCUUAUUCGAAUGACGCCGAAGUCUACUCAUAAGCCAGGGUUCUGGCUUGUUGAACUAAUGACACAAGAAAUUAAAAUUUGCCAUGAUAGGUUGGUAAUUUAUAAACUACAAAUAUACAGUAUUACAGAAAGGAACAAGAUACUCAUGGUCUGUAUGAGUGUAAUUUAAAAAUCUCAAGAUUAUAAAACAUUAAUAUAAAUGAUUAAUUUCAAAAUAAAUAAAUCAAUGUAUGAUUUAUACGAAUCAAAACCUUACCCUAAAGCCCUUUUCCCAACAAAGCGACUCUUUUUCAAAUUUCAAAUCGGUUACAAAAAAAAAACAUCAAAAGAAGAAUAUAUAAUUCUACUUGUUAGAACAAGUUAAAGAUAAAAAUCAAAGAAAACAAAUUAAAGAUAGAAACGAAAAUAAAAGAUAAAAAUCGAAAAUACAAAUGUUAGGUGGGAGGAGGGCCUAACUCUAUAAGAUUUAUCAUGCACAGGGGGGAAUUUAUAUUCCCAAGUACAAAAGAACACUUGUAUGGUUUAAGAUACAUGUUUGGAGGUUUACACUUUUGGAAUUUUCAAUAAGAACAGUGGUUAGCAAGGAUGAUCACCAGGAAACUAUAAUAUUAUUACAAUAUUGAGAAAAUACAUCAGGUAAAACUAGCAAGUGGUCUUUGGAUAAGAUACUCUGACAUUUCGCCGACGUUCCGAGUAACUUCUUCAGGAGUCAGCUGACGCACUGUUCGUCGGAAGAGAUUCGAAGAACUUCUAUCGGUGAGCAGUGAACCAUGUUAUCAGCUCGGUGAUUAGUAGCCAAUGAACUGUGACAUCAGCACGGGUACCUUAAAAUGACCCACGAUGCACGAUGCACAAUGCACGCUAAUGUCAGUGUGCCUUUUGACCCUUGAAAAUGCUAGCUACAGUGCUGGCGAAACUAAAGAGGAUCUUAUCUGAAGGAUACGAUUUACGUGCGGAAGUCUCGGUUAGUAUCAACCAUGAAGAACGAUGCCAUAGAAAUCUCAAAUAUCUUUACAUUACAACUACGUUAUGUUAAGGAUAGAAUCUGACGUUUGUAUUGUUGACAAAAUAAAUCAACCCAUUUGCGGUGAAAUAAACAGUAAAUUUGAUCUCCCGAUGAAACAAGAAUAUUCGUUUCUUUUUGUUUCACGUUGAAUAAAUUACAUUCUGCUACUUUUUUGUAUGUACUUUCUCACAAUUGUAACAUCGUUGUCAAUUACUUCCUGAUUUUUCAUUCAAUUUAUUUCCUCUUAUACCUUCUACCUUCUAUUUUACGUUUCUAAUAUCAAGUAUUAACGAAAAUAAUAAAAUUCCGAAUCUGUACAUCGCAAAUUUGUAUCGUUAGGGCGAAAAUAAAACUUACAAAAUAUGUUUUGUAAUAUCAAUGUUGUAAAUAUGUAGUGCAUAAAAUAAAAAAAUUUUCAUAAUGUUUUCAUAACCAGGAAGAGAAUUUAAAGUGACGUGAAUGUGUUAAGUGGACAUAAUGCUAAGCAUUGGAUUGGAUGGACAUUUUCUAGGCGGUCACUCGAGCUAGCCAUCAUGUUGCAAAGAUUUAACACUGACAACGAAACAAUUACGACGAUUGCACAACGAUUUGCUGUAAUUGUAUAUAUAUAUUACGUGAAAAUAAAUAUACGUAAAGGAUAUAUUU